GCCAGCUAUGUCAUGCCUCUAAGCACACACGCUUUAUUUUUCAGCGUUUUUACCUGCCAAAAAGCUUUCUUUUUUAUUUAUUUAUUUUUUUUCGCUCUAUUUUUGCAUUUGUCCUGCCCCCCUAAAAAAAAAAAUCGUUUGAAGCAGCGGCCAUGUGUGUGAGUGCGCAGGCGGGGAGAAGCGGCGUUGCUCGGCUGCUGAUGCUGAUCCUGCUGCUGGGGGUCUCCGGUUCUCUAUGCAUGGACGUCAUUGUGCCCAGUAAAAUCAACGUAAAGAAUGGGACCGAUAUCAAAAUCCCCUGCACUUUCACUUCCUGCUAUAAGAUAUACCCGCCCAAGUUCGUCAUGAACUGGACCUACCAAGAAACGGUCAACGACACGGAAAAAAUGUUUAUGGUGUACAACCAGAAGAAAGGAAUGAUGGCCCGGCGCUUUGCAGACCGGGUCACGCUGCCAGACAGGGUCCCGUUCGCCGACCGGGUCACGUUCGCGGGGAACCUGGAAAAGAAUGACCUGUCAGUCAUCUUGUCCGAUGUUCAGGAGGACGACGAGGGCUUGUAUCACUGUUACGUGAUCAAUCCCCCGGACCGCAUACACGGACACGGCUUCAUAAAGCUCAAUGUUUUUCCUGAACUGCCGCCGCCGAGAGACUCCACGAUUGCGGUUGCGAUCGGGGCGUCGGUGGGCGGAGUGCUCGCUCUCCUCAUCCUUUCCAUGGUCGUCGUGAAGUUCCUCCGCCACCAUCUCAAGCAGGAACUGAUCUCGGAGGAGAAGACGGAGGAAGAGGGGAAAUUAGAGGCUGAAGGUGCCACAGAAGAGGGAACAAAACAAGCGUAAAUGGAGAAUCAGACUGGACCAGUAGCCUGCAGAACCAUCACCUCUCUCGGUGAAACCAUCACCUCUCCCGGUGAAACCAUCCUCCACUGCAACUGCCUUGUCAGCAUCAGAGUAAAAGGGAUUGAUGCUACAAUCUGCACCUCCGAUAAAAACAUGUGAUGGAAAACUUGAGGCAUGAGUGAUAGUAAGUCAUGUCAUUCAUACAAUGGUACUUCGGAGGGGUUUUUUGCCCGUGAUCCAAAUCAUACAGAAAAAAAAAAUAAUAAUAAUUAAAUAAUGCAAAUGAAAUCAAUCUGGUUCCGAUUCCCAAAAAUACGGCCACAAAAUAAAUUUUUAUGGAAAAUAAUUAUAGUUUUACAUUCAGAAAACAAUGAUACAUACACAACAUUAAUGAAAUGUAUGAACAUUUAAAG